AAAUAAUAACAGGAAGACCAUCAUCGGUAGCUCAGCCGAGACGCACCCGCGUAGAAGCUGAACCUGACUAGCCAUCAAAGGAGAGGAAGUCGAAGACGAAGGCAAUGAGGCCUUGUUAGGUGGUAGAACGAUCGAUUGAUUGACAGCUCGAGCAAAAGCUGCCCACCACCACCACCGCGCAAAGUUUGUCAACCAUUCUUCUUCUUCUUCUACCUUACCUUACCACCUACCUAUACCUCGCGACAUCAACCACUGAGCCAGCCAGACGGCCAGGCUCGCCUUCGAGCUUCCGCCGGUAGCAUCACCUCCACUCCAUUGUCGACAUCAAUUCUUCAACCACCACUACCACCUCUUCCUCCCUCGAACCUCGAACCUCGACACUUAACCCUCCCGCACCACCGCCGUCAUGGUGCGCAAUAUGCUGCUCUUCGCGGGCUCCUCGCACCCACAGCUCGUCGAGGCCAUCUGCAACCAUCUCGGCAUUCCGCCCGCCAACGUCGAGCUCAGCAAGUUCAGCGUCGGCGAGACUCGUGUGGAGAUCGGCGAGAGCGUGCGCGGUAAAGAUGUGUACAUUGUCCAGACGGCGUGCUCGCGACCGCCCAGUGCGAACUACAAGGGAGCCACCACGCUCAAUGACGGCCUCAUGGAGCUUCUCAUCACCAUUUCGGCGUGCAAGACUGCUUCGGCCAAGCGAGUCACCGCUGUGCUUCCUCUGUUCCCCUACAGCAGACAGAGCGAUUUGCCGUACAACAAGGUCGGCGCUCCGCUCGCGAGGAUGCCCGCAAAGACGGAUGAGAAGGGCAGCGGAAAAUACACAUUUGAGAGCAGGCCUCCAACUCCUGGUGGAGGCUCGCGCUAUCGGGACGAGAAGUUGGAGAAGCAGCUGAAUGGUCUGAAGCUGAAUGGCGACUUGCACCUCCCGAGCAGGAAGAACACACUGGAGAGCAACACGAGUGAUACUUCACCGCCCGUCGCCAAUGGCGCCCCAACCUCCUCCCCCUCGCCCGUUGCCAAUCACAGCAAUACCGGCAGAGAGAGCAGCACCGCUCACCCACCCGACUUCAAGCCACAGCGAGGCUACAAACAAUGGGUCGCCCAAGCGGGUACGCUGGUGGCAGAUCUCCUCACUUGCGCCGGAACAGAUCACGUCAUCACCAUGGACUUGCACGAUGCCCAAUACCAGGGCUUCUUCGACAUUCCCGUGGAUAACCUCUACGGUCGUCAUCUGCUCCGUCGCUACAUCACCCACCAAAUCCUGCCUCAGCACGGCGGUGUUGACGACUGCGUGAUAGUCUCUCCAGACGCCGGCGGCGCCAAACGAGCCACCUCCAUCGCCGACAGUCUCGGCAUGGAAUUCGCCUUGAUCCACAAGGAGCGACGUAAGAAAGAUGUGCCCAGCUCUGCUGCUCCCGAGAGCGGCAAUUCUGCACUUUUGCUCGUGGGUAAUGUCAAGGGUAAAGUCUGCAUUAUGGUUGAUGAUCUCGCCGACACCUCAAACACCAUUACCCGCGCUGCAAAGCUGCUCAAGCGAACGGGUGCAAGUAAAGUCUUUGCUCUUGUCACCCAUGGCGUGUUGAGCGGAGAUGGUGUGGAACGCAUCUUCCACUCCGGUCUGGACAAGGUCGUCGUCACCAACACCGUGCCGCAGGAUGAGCACGUGCGGCAGAUGAAGGAGCUGGCCGAGAAGUGGGGACGCCCAGAGGAUGAGAACAAGCUCGAGGUACUCGAGGUGGGUGGUGUCUUUGCUGAGGCCAUCCGCCGAGUUCACCACGGGGAGAGUAUCAGCACGCUGUUCCAAUACGACUAGCAGCCUCGCCCGGUUUCUUGGCGUGAAGCUGCCCAACGUAACAUGGAGGCGACGUUAUUCACGGGCACGCACUGGGACGCAAACAGGUAUGCACCAGUCCCAAUGUGGUAGGUAUGCGCCGUCAUGACUAGAAGAUGUGGAUGGAACACACACAAGCAUACAUUACUGUACGGGAGAGCUUUUUUUGCUCGUAAGAUGCGGCGGAGAAGCUGAAAUGUGAUCAGCGCGUUCCAGCAUGACGAGUAAACAUAUGAGAUGUCGGCAUAGAGAGAAGGCUUUUGCUCAAUCGGCACGUCUCUACAUAUGGUCGUGUACUGCAGUAGUCAACGAGAGUAAAUACUUGUGACGAACAAAAGUAACACCUGUAAGUUUGAAUGACUUGAGUACAUGUAAGUCCUCUGUUCACAAAGAAGCCAGAUGUAAGGUACAUGUGUGUACAUGUGGACGUGAACCACUCAGUUCUUCUUGUAGAAUCUACUUCCACGAACAGUAAUACAAACAAUACAUUAUUUU